CAAUUCGCUGGCUUUGAGCUCCAACCAAGUCUCCUGGCCGGGAAUUCAUGGCAAAUCCGCCAAUGCGUGCUCCACUGGAAUGCAGGUUGACACAGGAGGAUCCAAACCACCGCCACCAUUUUAGUCGUCGCGGCCUUAUCCACACAGGGCCACAGCGGGGACUACUCAUAGUAGCUCAAGAACAGCACUAGGAAUCGCAAGCCGGUGGUGCCUGGGAAGAGAACCAAAGGAGUGGAUUUGGUCAGUCCUUUCGAGGAAUUUAAUGCAGGUUUCAAGCUCGAGAGUGACAGAGGAAUCAAAGAACUCACCGCAGAGGGGCUUUGGAUCUCGCAGCAGCAGUCAUGCCGCAAGACAAACUCCACGGCUGGAAGGAUUUCCCGAAGGGACUGCACGUACUCGUCGCGAUUGCCGAUGGUGACGACCGGGAGGAAAUCAGUGGCAUACUCCAAUCCUGCAGCUAUCGAGUCACAGCCUUCACUAGCGAGGAGGAUGCUCUCGCGGCGAUUGAAAAGCCCAAGACCCCGUUCCAUGCCGCAAUGGUUGACGCAACCAAUCGGGAUAUCUUCGAUGGCUUCAAGGUGCUCGAGGCUGCAAAGGAGUUGGCCGUCAUAAUGAUUUCCAGCACAGAGGAUAUUGAAACCAUGAUGCGAGCAAUAUCUCUCGGUGCCGCGGAUUUCCUCCAAAAGCCUUUCUCCGAGGAGAAGCUGAAGAAUAUCUGGCAGCAUGUUGCUCGGAAGGCUAUGCUUUCAACAAACAGCGAGCCAGCUUCCACAGUAGCCGACCACGAAGUUAAGCCCGAAACGCUUGACGAUGGCGACCAAAUCGAGAGCCAAAUGCAAUCGUUUGAUGAUCUGGGAUGUAUAAUUGGGGAGUCAUUUCACGAAUGCGAAAAGUUCCCAGAAGUAGAGGAACCUGCAGCAACGGAAACCAAAGAAGGUUUUGACGUAAACGGUAAACUUUACGACUUAGAAAGAGAGUUCAUGAGGUCGACGAACCUGGAGUUUUGCACAGCCGAAGGGACUUGUAUAAAACUUGAGAUUGACGACACGCUGGACGACUUGAACCUCGGAGAUGGCAUCGUUCUAGACGGGGAAGGAGCCACGGAGUUCGAGCUCGACCCUUCAUUAUUCGUUGGCUUUCCAGAUUCUGACUCUGACUCUGCGCUGGAUAUCAACUUCGAAAUGCUUGAUUCCGGAGACACGCACGAGUCAGAAUUUGACGGAGAAGAAGCGAUGAUGUUGGCUCAAGUCCUCAAAACCGAGGACGAAGUUGUACGUAACGUUUCGGAAUCUUCAGAGUCCAUGAGCAGCUCCACAAAGGAAAAGGGUGAAGAGGAGACCAAGCCCGAGAGAGCAGCAAAAAGCUGCAAAUCUGCACCAGGAAGGAAGAAGAUGAAGGUGGACUGGACACCGGAGUUGCAUCAAAAGUUUGUACAGGCCGUAGAACAACUUGGCGUCGACAAAGCCAUACCGUCCCGUAUUCUGGAACACAUGGGAGUCAAGUGUCUAACGAGGCAUAACAUUGCGAGCCAUUUACAGAAGUACCGCUCGCACCGGAAACAUCUUCUGCAACGAGAGGCCGAAGCAGCAGUAAACUGGAGCCAUCGUCGACAUUCCGAUACCUGGUCUAAAAACCGGGCGCCAACCCAGUCACGUCAAACACCAAUUUUGCCUGCACCACCACCCGGUGGAGUUCCAUUGCUUGUGUGGGGGCAUCCAACCAUCGAUCACUCUUCGGCUCAUAUGUGGCAACAGCAGCAACCACCUGUGACUCCUCCGCCAUGGCAAGCACCGGACGGAACCUUGUGGCAACACCCUGCUGUUUGCUUUCCUCCUUGGGGUCACGCACCAGCACCAGGAACACCAGUUUAUCCCAACUGCAUGAGAGUACCAGUCGCACCUGUGAUUGCUGUGCCGCAACCCCCUGCACCUCCACUUCCAGGAGAAACUCUCAGCCCCCCGGCAUGCCAUCCGCCUCGGGAGGUCGUUGACGCUGUGAUAAGUGAGGCCCUCACCAAUCCCUGUACACUUCCGCUGGGACUAAAACCUCCUUCGAUGGAAAGUGUGAUGUCCGAGCUAGUGAAACAAGGAAUCACCAUAACACCUCCAACGCCUUCUUGACGAGCAAAACCUCUGAGGUUCAAAAAAUCCGUCGACAUAUACUACUAUCGUCGCUUUUUCCCUUCCCGUUUUCCCGUUUUUCGUUGAGGAGACCAUGCUGUUCUGCAGAAACAUCACUGAAAGCCUUGCAAAAGAGCUGAGGUUGUAAAAGUUCCAGUUUUGGCGUGGUGAUGUACAGACCUGUACAAGAAAUAAAAACACAUUUGAGAGAUUAAAAAAAAAAAACA